UUAUCGUCUGUCUAUCAACUUAUUUGAUAACUGCAAUUUCAAACCCUGUUGGUCUCGUAUAGAUUAAGGAAUGGCUGGUAUUUGCCGUACCCGACUUGCGGAGGAGCGUAAGCAGUGGCGAAAGGAUCACCCAUUUGGCUUUUAUGCGCGGCCAACGAAAGCCGCUGAUGGUUCUAUGAACCUCAUGGAAUGGGAAGUCGGUAUUCCAGGGAAACAAGGAACGGCCUGGGAUGGUGGUAUCUAUAAACUCACCAUGACCUUUCCUGAGGAUUACCCCACAAAGCCACCCAAAUGCAAAUUCACACCGCCAUUGUUUCAUCCGAAUGUGUAUCCCUCUGGGACCGUUUGUCUGUCAAUUCUGGACGAGGAAAAGGGAUGGAAGCCGGCGAUUACGAUUAAGCAGAUCCUUCUCGGAAUACAAGAGCUGUUAACGGAUCCAAACGUCAAUGACCCCGCGCAGAGCGACGCGUACACGAUGUUCAAGAAUGACAGAAGUGCAUACGAGCGGAGGGUGAAGCAGCAAGCGAGAGAGAAUAUUCCCAAAUGACGUGGUUUCUACGAUAUGUGCUGUUCCAUUCCUUUCGACAUUCUCGGAAUGACUGCUUCUUGUCAUAUGUACUUUUGCAUUUUGGAUGUACUCCUUUCCCGUUGCCAAAGGCCACGACACUGUAGCACUUGCCCUCUCCACAAUAAAGCUGCUGUGCAAUAUUAUACGCUGUACUGUACCCAUCUGUAUGGGUACAACCGUAACGUGUAACGCGGGGGUGGUUUGGUUGCUAGCAGUAACGCGUAACGCAUAGCAGUAGUUGCUUUCCCUUAAGGAGCGUUACAUAGUUUUAAGCGAGC